UUGUUGGCAAUCCUGUCUUUGUGGAAGUAAAAGCACAACACAGGCACAACUUUUAGUUUUCAUUUCUCUAUCACUUUUAUUUGCACAACUUUCUGUUACCUUUACUUUUACGUUUGGAUUCCCCGUCAUAUUUAUUAGUUACGAUGACUGCUUCUUCUGCUUCAUGUCAAAGUGGGUUAGGCGAAGAAACCUUCUCUCGCUCUGUUUCCAUUUGUGCCGCUGUGAAGGAGUUAACCGUUGGAACGGUCCUAACCAAAGUUCGAAAUAAGGGAGAUGUUCGUGGGCUGUGUGGCUAUAAUCGGCACUACAGGUUGGAUAUGGAAGCCCUCAAGAUCAGAUACACCUCGGAUAAAAAGUUCCGAAAAUUGGCAUGCCUUAGUGGACUUAGAGAAUCCACCUUCUCGAUUUCUGAAAUUGCCCAUGUAAGGUCUGGUCACGCGACGGAUACUUUCAAUUCAUUAAUAAAGAAAACAAGAGGCGAUGCGAUUCCGUUUGUGGAAGGUAUCAAGGCUGAGCCAGAGGUUUGUUUCUCUGUAAUUUUUACCCAGAAGACAAGGGAAACGUUGGAUUUGAUCGCGCCCACUCGCCAAGAUCGAGAUACUUGGGUCAAAUGUCUCAAUCAUAUUGUUGUCACGAUUAACACCUUGGAUCGCCAAAAGGAGUACGAAUUGUUUUUACGGAAACACUUCCGAGACGCCGACAAGGACAACGAUCAAUGUCUGACUUUUGACGAAGUUCGAAAUUUGGUGGAGGCACUUAAUGUUAAGCUCGAGACUGAAAGGCUCUUGGAGUUAUUCCGUAAAGCUAAUCACAAAAAAGCGAUGAAACAUGAAGAAGAAGCUCUAGAUGAAGAAGAGUUCCUAUAUUUCUACUACAGUAUUUUGGAGAGGCCAGAAUUGAAUGAUGUGUUCGACAAAUAUGCAACAUGUAGUGGAAAAGGAAUGACAGCUCAAGAGUUAAUGUCGUUUCAAAACGAGGAGCAACAAAUUGGACUUUCGUUGGAAGAGUGCAGAAAAAUUAUUGGCUAUUAUGAACCCAAGCCAAACAUUGAUUUUCUCUCAAGGGAAGGAUUUACACAUUUCAUGAUGUUUUCUGAUUGGCACCACAUCACUGAUGCAUCCCAUCGUAAUGAUGUUUAUCAGGAUAUGACUCAACCAAUCACAAACUAUUGGAUUGCAUCAUCUCACAACACAUAUUUAACAGGAAAUCAAGUGACGGGUGAAAGUAGCGUGGAUGCAUACAUAAAAACUUUACGGCAAGGAUGCCGAUGUGUCGAAUUGGAUUGUUGGGACGGCGAUGAUGGGGAGCCUAUCAUUUACCACGGUUGGACUCUUACAUCGAAAAUAAGUUUCAAAGACGUGAUUUCCGAUGCCAUAUUGCCCUAUGCCUUUGAACGAUCUGAAUUUCCAUUAAUUCUAUCGAUCGAAAAUCACUGUGGCCUUAAGCAACAAGACAAGAUGGCUCAUUAUUUGAAGACAAUUCUUUCAGAAUGUUUGUAUACCGACCGAGUAGAUGAAAAUGCCACAGAAAUGCCGAGCCCUUUUUCUUUGAAGAGAAAAAUUCUAGUAAAGGCUAAACGCCUUCCCUCUGGAAUGUCCGAAAAUGAGCUCAUCCAAGAGGUGCUUGAAGAAGAUGACGAGCGGGAUGAAAAACGGAAAAAAAUCACGACAAAAAUAUCACAGAAAUUGUCAGAUUGUGUGAAUUAUAUUGAAGCCGUCCAUUUCGAUAAUUUCGAUUACUCAGAGUCCCAAGGAAAGUUUUAUCACAUGUCGUCAUUUGGAGAAUCCAAAGCCGAAAAGCUUGUUGAGGAUGUGGAAAUUGCUAGACAAUUCGCUAGGUAUAACAUUCGCCAACUUUCCAGAAUUUAUCCAGGGGCUAAGAGGCAAGAUUCCUCCAACUUAAAACCAAUUCCGUUCUGGAACACGGGAUGUCAAAUAGUGGCCCUCAAUUACCAAACUGCGGAUAAAUCAACCAUGCACAAUCGUGCCCUCUUCUCUGACAAUGGCAAUUGUGGCUACGUCUUAAAACCCAAAUUCCUAUGCUCUCCACAACAUCAGUUUUCCCCUGUUGACUUAUCUGGAUUUCAAUACCAAAAAUUUCCCCCUUGGAAAGUUUGUAUUCAAAUCCUAUCCGGUCAACACAUUCCGAGACCAGAUCAUGAAAUGGAAGGUGACAUAAUUGAUCCUUAUGUCAAGGUUAGAAUCCGUGGUCACCACCUUGAUCAAACCUACUUGAACAAGGGCAAAACAGAGCACGUCCACAAUAAUGGGUUUAAUCCUGUAUGGAGAAGUGCAUUUUUCGAAUUUUUGGUAAUGAUUCCAAACCUGGCAUUUUUGGAAUUCCGUGUGAAAGAUCAUUCGAAAAGUGGAAAGGACGAGAGUCUGGCGGUGUUUUGUGUGCCUUUAAGGAUGGUACAGGAAGGUUAUCGUUGCAUACCAUUAGAAGACCUGGCUGGAAAAAGGUUGACCCCGGCCUCGUUGCUGGUCCAUAUCAAAAUCAAUCGGAACGCAGUUGUUGGUAACUCAUAACAUGAAAUUUUUCGAAAUUGGUGCAACACUUCAUCUGUUUCUUCCCUAUUGGCAAAACGAAUGUUUAUAUUACUUAACAAUUGAUUACACAUAACAUACGAUAAUCUUAAUUGUGACUCCGGUUAUUGAGUGGACGUUUAACUGUAAACAAAGAAAUAUAAAAGAAUAAAAUAGAGUAAUGCAAUCUCAA